GUAUACAGGGCCACUGUGGUGAAUUCUUUCUUCUUUUUUCGGUCAAUUUCGUUUUUUACGGUUCUGGAGAGACAGCCCUGUGUGUUCUGAGUAUGUUUGCGACCACGCUUCUGACAUGCGGCGAGCGAGAUUAUAUUGCUGGGGAGUUCAAGACAGAUGGAUGUGCAGCUUACUGUCUUCACACUGAAACACCAAGCUCUGCCAAUCCACAAGACGGCAGGAACAAGUAGGUACAUGCACUACCAGACAAGGCAAGCGGCAUUGUACGCGUCGAGCGCUAGGAGCCCGAGUCGUCAUUGCAUAGGUUCCAGCAUGAGAAAACCGCACCUUGCAUAAACGCUUAGCGUAAUACUGGAGGUUCAGUGCAGUAAUCACCAUCACCUCAACUGCGACGCUUCACUUGAAGCUUCAAGUAUCUUGACCAUCACUCUCGAAUUCCGCACUCACAUGGAGGCGCUGGACCAUGCCCGCGAGCUGAACGGUCUGCUGGCGCUGCCGCGGCUAGAGCGCAUGCUGCGCGUCUACCGCACGUGGGUGAACGUCGAGGGUGUGGAAGGCGGCAUGGCGCUUACACGGCGUGAGCUGCAGUGCGUGCUCGAGUUCCCGGAAUUGGAUCACCACGUGGAUUUCCUUUUCGACACGUUCCGCUGUGUCUCGUCCAAUAGGAAGCAGAAGAACACACCUUGCGUGGACCUGGUGACGCUUCUGACGACGGCUGCGAUGCUGGCGCAGGGGCCGCUGGCGGAUAAGGUACGCUUCGUGUUUCAACUGGUGGAUCUGGACAUCGAGGACGACAUCGUGGAGGCGGAGCUGGCGCUUGUGAUCAGUACGUGCUGCGAUGGACUCUACAGACUCGGACUCCUCGAGGACGGGGACAAUCUGUCCGAAAUGGAUGCGUUGUCGGUCGCUUAUGAGGCGUUCGACUUUGUGGAACUCGAGGACGGCGACAAAAUGACUUUUGCCAUGUUCUUGAAGUGGUGUGUGUUUCACCCAAGAUCGAAGGCGUUGCUGGGCAGGAUCAGUUGCUUGUUUUCGAUGUGUGACGCUGUGAGAAUCAUGAAGGAGGCAUUGGAAGAGCGCGUGGAGAGGCUGAAGAAUGCUGAGACGUUCCUGUAUUUUAAUGACAUGCAUUUUGGAUCGCUGGAUGAGUAUGCAGAAAGAAUUAGGGUCGUGGUGGGGCCAAUUGUGGGGAAGGUUGAAGCGACUCGAGUUAAUGUGCUGCUGGAAGUAGAUAGUCCGGCCAUGGUCAAGUGCUUUGCAUUUGCGUUGCCACAGGAAGAUAUCAAGAUGGAGAUGGAUAGCUCUGUGCCAACACAAGAGUGUAAGCUUCAGUCUUUUCAGCCAGCUCUAUUUACAAUUUCUGGCUUAUCGCCUGGUACAGCGUACGUACUGCGAUUUCUGGGUAUCCGCAAGCCCGAUCGUGAUCGAUGCGUUGCAGUGGUUAUGACAAAAGGUCGUACGCUUGGAGUGGAGUCCUUACCUGUUCCUUGCCGUUGGCGGAUCCGGCUAUUGAAUCACCUGAGCCCAAGUAAUAGCCAGCAAAGACCUCUGAGAUCAUCUAAAGCACAAGUUUACCAGAUGAUCGCAAGAGAUAGCUUCCAAUCUCCAACGCUUACGUUACAUUACGGUAUUUCUCUUUCUCCGCAGAAAGUUUCCGCGAUGCUCGAGAUACUGGAACGCGGGGUCAAGUCAUGCUGCGGUGGAGAAGUCUAUGAGUACGUGUUGGACAUGAUUAAACAGGAGUAUCGACGUGUUCUGGGUGAUCCCUGUGUAUGGGAACUGUUUCGUUGCCACAGCAACUGGAGCUUCGACAGUAAUGAAAGUGUGUUGUUCAGCGGUUUUCCCGAAUGGAGGAGAAAAAGGCAACCUGAAUUCGCAAUCUUUGGAAGAAAUCUUAUGGAGUUGGCACUACCAGUGUGGCAAUCGUAUAUUGGAAAUCUAUGGGGACAUUCUCAGAAUAAUGCUAACUGCCUAGAGCUUGACGAUGGGGUGAUUCUUGCUCCUGUAAUGGGUCAUUUCGAUUUACUGAGUGAGAGAGGAGAGGUGGACUAUACCAGACAAAUAUCAACCAUUUUGAAGGCCUUCUCAUCCGCAUCGGCAGUGCUGCUAUUAACGAGGGAUCCUGUUUUCGUCCAGAUGAAGGCUGCCGAUAGCGGUAUCCCCCGCCCGACGAGUGUCACUAGCGUAGCAAAUGCGCGCCAAUGGCGAACGAUCCAAGAGCUUAUUGAGUGGAAUCUCUCCGAUUUGAAGCGGCAAGUUGUCAUGCUCUCGUUUAAUGACGUAGGAAGUUAUCAAACCCAAGUGAGCAUUACGAACACAACUCUGUCAUUGACGCAGCUGGUGUGUGGGCCGGUAGUCGGCACGCACACGUCUACUUCUGUGCUCUUGCGUGCUGAAGGAAAUACUCGGUCGCAGUCAACUCCGGAAAACCCGCUAGAUAUCCGCCAUGGGCCAAUUGACAGUCAACCUCAAUACGCUCACAUAUCUUCACUGGGGAGUCUCAGUGAAGAAUCAACAGGUGGAAGACAGGGUUCUGGAGUCGCGGACGCACCUUAUGCUUUGUUUCAAGCACAACUUUUGCCGCUACAAGGACAGCAUGAAAUCAACCGAAUUCUAGGUCCAGUUGUGGGGUGUAUAUCCUCUCGCAUCGCUCGAGUUCUACUCGAAUGCGACGCUGAAGGCGAAGUUGCUUGUGUGGCUGUAGAUCGGCUGACGUUGCAAAGACAUCAUGUGGUCGAACGAGUUAAGCCGUACAGGCCGACAACAUUUAGCCUAACUAAGUUGACACCAGGACGCAUAUACGAUCUAUCCUUCCAGGGAUUGCAAAAUGACGCAGCAGGGAUAUUUCAAACCCCGCACGAGCAUCUUCCAGCUUUUCGACUCUUAAUUGUGGCGGAAGAUCGCUUCUUAAAUGGCACCACGGACUGCUUCACAUCUUUUGGAGUAAACCCGGCGGCAUCUUAUAUCGGGAACAUGGUAGACCACUUUUUCCCUGUCAUUGGUUCGCUUCAAGCUAACGUUACAGUGCACAUUGGGAGUUAUGUCGCACUGGCUCAUGAACUUCAACGAAAAUAUUCUCUUCUCGCUCAAGACCAGCAGAAAGUUGGGGAGUCAAAGCUGUAUGAUUUUGUGAGAAGCUGUGUACGCCGCCAUUGGAACACUCCUAAAAGUCAGCAUCUACUUGCGCGUGGUGCUCAUUGGUUUCCAAGUGUUGGUGUUUUACGAGCACUUCUGAUACGCGAUGAUAUUCCCGUAUCGUUUCUGAGAACUGUUCAACGCGUGUUGGCGGAGUACGAGCAAGUUGGUGACUUUCGAUCACAUAGUGCGUUGCCUUCCGACAAGUAUUUGUAUCGACUUCAGAGCGGUGUGGCGGUGUUGAUGAUCGAUACACUUGAGGCGAUACUGGACAGUGAACAGUUGACACCAUUCGUACAGCUUCCUGAAACAUUGCUGUCGACUUCCCAGUGGGCUGCUUUAGAGUGUUGGUUUCGAGUCGACCACUCUCAAGGCACUCCAUUGAACCAAACUGAAAGCGUCAAUACUGUUGUUCUUAUGUGCGAUAUACCAGUGGUAUCGCAACGCGGUGAACGCGGCGAGUUAAUGGAGAUGUGGCAUCAAAAUUCGAGAGAGAACGAUGAUGUGGGUGAUUUAUGUAGUUACUUAGCAGGUCUGGGAGCAACAUCGUGGGGAACGUAUCCAAAAGAGCAAGUUCGUUUGAUUCAUUUAAUAUUUCGCAAACUACGACAGAAUCCGAAGUUUCAUGUUGUAAUCGUUUGCUGUGGUGCCUAUUCCUCACGAACCACGAUCACCGACAAUUCUACGAAACUAUCUUUCCAACAAAUUGUUGUGGGGCCAAUUUCUAUGUCAAAUUCAACGGAGCAGGCCGUCAGUACCGGAAUUACUUUUGCCGACGAAGAACUGUCCACCUGCUACUCCAUCCAACAAGAAAUUCCCGCGGGGGCACUGAAAUCGCAACAAUACUGCGUACUCGAGUUAGUGCCACAUCCACUCGGCGCUUCAAGUGAUGUGAAAUUCUACACACAAAAUCAUGGUGAAGCAAAACUAAUUCUUGGCCCAAUUAUCGGUCGAGUUACGCCCAGGACUGCACGAAUCCUUGUUGAGCUUGAUCGGUCCGUAUCCAGUCUCUCGUGUAUUCUAGUCGACUCAGCAACGAUGCAAAGCUUCUCGGCGCAGACAAAAGUGGAACCAUUCACCCCAACCAUCGUCAAAGUCGAAGGUCUUCACCCAGGCAUUCGCUAUGCUAUCAAGUUCGAGGGUUUGAUGGAGAAUAACGACACUGUGUUUGGGCAUGUUUCCACCCCCACAUUGAUUUCAUUGUCAUCGGAAUGGCUCGUUGUAAACCGCAGUUCGAUGGUUGACUUUUUGGGACCUGAUGCCAGGAAGCCACCCCAACCGAGUUCACAAUGGUCCCAGAUUCUGGCAAACGGGAUGAUUUCGUUCACAGCACAGCUAGCUGGAGAAACAAGCCACCGCAAUGGCGACACCCUUGGUGAUCGUGAUGACGAGGGCCAGCAGAAUUGUAAUCCUUGGCAUGGCAUCGAAGAUGAAUUUUUUUCUGAACCUCUUUCCAGCCCACAACUACUUCUUCACCUUGGCGGCCAAGUGGGCAUGAGUCGUGCAUUCACCAAUAAGGAACUUGCCAGUCUCGUAGUCCGUCUUGCAAGACAAGUAGAAAGUCAUGGGCAUGACGAAGAUAGAGAUGAUUUCCGGCAUCUUCGGGCAGAGCUACGAUACCGAUUGCAGGAAGUGUAUCGUGUGGCGUGGGGAAUGCCUCCGAUGAACCGAAUUCUCAGAUACACCAGCAAUCUCAUGCUUCUCAACGAAGACGCGGAUCUGUACUUCAAUCAAGACAAUCUCCGAUCCAUUCUCAACGAAAGUGGAAGCCACAGUGUAGCUGAUGCCACAUUAGUCAAAGUCGUGGAAGUACUCCGAGGUAUCGCGUUCGAGCUGUGGCAACUAUACCAAAACCAACUCUGGGUCGACCUCGCUGAACGUGAACUGAAAUAUGGCAGCAAGAGCAGCGGCAAUAAAGUCGCGUUCACCACUACAUUUGGGAUCAACCGCAUUGUCGUUGCGAAUGUUAGUCAUGAAGCUAACGAAUAUUGCAAUAGGGUGGAAAUGGAAACUCAAAAGAAUCUCUCAAGUGGCGCUGCACGAUCACUAGACGAACCAAGCAGCAUUCCCACUGUUAACCUGUUUUCAUCUCAGUCUUGGAAAGUUAUUGAUGAGGCGCUUGACUCUUCGAGCAAGAAUCCUGUGCAGCAGCUUGUUCUGGUGAUUUCAGGGGAUGUGAUGACGUGGGGGGCGCCUAAAGCUUAUCCUGCUCUUCGAACAGAAAUUGUAAAGUUAUUUGAGAAACUGUUUGCGUGGAAAUUUGUGGAUCGAGUCCAUCGAGAAGUUGCAGUGAUAUGCUGCCGUAAGAAUGGCAGCUCGAUUUCCUUCGAGAUAACAGACGAGAAGCUUAGUGAGAAGCUUACACUCACGUGUAUUGGAUCCAUCAGUGAGGCUCGUGAGCUGCUUCAUCGGGACCAGAAGAGAGCAAAAGGAGCAGUUCCCGUAAUGGCUAAAAGUGCAGCGAUAUCCAAAGGGUACUUCUCCAAGCGAUUUUCAUACACGAGUAUCUCAAACACCGCAAGUAUUGCAAGUGGCUUAAACGUUUCCGUGGUAGCGCGUGGCAAUCAGCAAACAUCAGCCGGUGAUACCGCCAACCAGUUGACGACUCGAUGCAGAACAUACGUAAGCUAUCGUUUUGUGACGGAUUAUCGGCGAGGAUUCUUCGAUGAAACUCUCCGUUUCUUCCCACGGGUAACUUUACCAAAGGCUGUCGUCGGGCCUGUGAUUGGGCGAAUGGUUCUUAAGAAGACUCAAAAAGUAAUCCCCGAAGAACCUCUUGCCGAGGAUGGUCCCGAUGAUCCAGUGGAAAUGACCUAUACUGUACCAAUUCUCCUUGAAAUCAACGCAGAUGCUCGCGUAGUUUGUGUUGUGACAGACAUCCUCGCCAAUCAAGAUGUCCGCGUAGUGGCAAUUCUAACGCGCUAUCACCCACAUGCCUUUGAGAUUCCAUCACUGGUACCAGAACGUCGAUACGUAUACCGUUUCGAGGGUAUUGCGAAUUCUGAAAGCCGUCGUGGGAGCUUUCAUACACCGUCUGGAACGUCUUCUACUUUGAAUUUCGUGGCUGUAAGCUCGAACUUUCCCGAACAGAUGGACGAGUCGACUGACAGUUUGUGGGUGGCUAUUAGAAAGCGCGUUCAAGUAUCGUGGUGCGGCCUUGACAUGAUUUUGCACUUGGGUGGCCAAGUUCCGAUGCAUGAAGCUGCAUUCGAGUGCUUUGAAUGGGUUCGCCGAGGAUUAAAUACUCGCGAUUAUUCUGCUGGGAAGAAUGAUGAAGCAGCUUUACAAGAGGUAUCACUACGGCGAAAGGUACGUCAACGCCUGCAACAGCGGUAUCGUUUGUGUUGGAACGUUCCGAACGUACGUGAAACUCUCGCUCAUACCAGUAAUUGGUUCCUGCGCUCACAAGCCGACAUCGCUCCAUUCUUCCGUAAUCACGAAGUUCUCACCUCAAAAGCUGCGCAACUUGUGCUCUCAGAGGCGAAAAAGAUUUAUGCAGACUACCAAUUGUCGUUGAUGCUGCAUGAAUCCACCACCGAUGAGAUAACCUCGAAAUUACUGCCUGAAGCCAGCAGUGCCUUGCCUCCUGAACAAUCACAACAUAUUACUUUAGAGCAACCUGAAACCAGCGAACAGCCUUCUGGAAGUGGCAAUAGCUUUUCAGAACAGAUGAAAGCAGAGGAAAAACACGAACUAAGAAACCAAAGUCAGAAGGAGAACAAUUCAACGGUGGACAGUGGACUUGAAGCUGCACAAUUCAUCCAGACUGGCGACGUUGGAAUCUUCAUGUGUGAUAUGCGAAGCACUCCUCGUGAUGACGUCGUGACAUGCAAUAGUCGUCUCUUGACUCCAAUUACCCAGCAAGAGGGUGCAGUUAUCGGGGAACUGCAAUGGCUGCAACUUGAGAAAGCUCUCAAAAAGAAGACAAUUAUGAUAUUCGUGCUAUGCAUCGAGCUUCCACUGAUACUCACAGAUGCGAAGCAUGUGGACGCUAUGCGUGAAGAAGCUACGUUUUCUGGUUCUCAAUCUGCUCAAGAAGAAGCUGUUGGUAGGUGGAAACUGUAUGACAGGCAAGAUAUUUCUCAGCACUGGGUUUCAUGCCGCCGACAAUUAGAGCAACUACUGAAUCUACUUUUUCGCUGGAAGGCGAAGCACCGAGGCCGAGAUGCCAUCGUGCUGAGUGGAGGAAUGCGCGCUGGGCUUGAAACAUUGUUGCAAGAUCGCGAGACCAAAUUAUCCGUUCGUAAUCUCACUGUCGGUCCAGUGACAGCUCGUGUUGAACCUGAUUUCGAGACCUUGCCACUCGAUGGUAUAGCGUGCCCCACAUUUCUCGGUGGUAUGCGCGAUGAUCGAUUCACUUUUUCUCACAGAAUCGUGAGCCACAAAAACUACCUGUUCGUUCAUGCUGUAAUUACUCGCGAGCAGACGAAGGGCUCAGAGGAACGGGGUGAGGUCAGUCAAGAACUUAAAUCUGUUAGUAUCGAGACGGAGUUCAUCGCUGAUGACGGAGCUGUGGAUGCUGCUCACCCCAUGACUCUGUACCGACGAUACCCAACGUGGUGGGUUAACUACGUUCCGAUGGGGAAGAUAGUCUUCUGGGACGAUACCGUCAUGAUGCGAGCACAGUCCGACGAGGAUGUGACAGCGCUGGCUCAAUAUCUACAAGAUGGACGUGAAUUCACGGCAGCACUCGAAGUUCUCUUCGAGAAACACCAAUUCGCCGAAGCUGCUCGAAUGGAAGAGCUACGCAGUAAGCAUCGAAGAGAACAGCGAGGCCCUGAAGAAUUAAGAUCUAGUCUCCGUGCUGUCUUUGCUGAACUUUGGAAGGUACUUCCUGAAACUCAUCGAAAACGAGUGGCCUACUUCCAGGAUGACUUUGUUUUCGACUUCUUGCUCGGGUAUCUUGCCUCUGACCUGUUCGAGGGCAAUGACAAGCAAGAGGAAGAGGUUGAAAGACCACCACUGGAGUUCGCAGCGUUCUCCACACUCGGUCGAGACUUUAUCUUCAAUGCAGGUAUGCUUAACUUGUGUUUAGUUAUGCAACAGGAGGACGAGCGUCGUGCAUUUGCAGCUCAACGCGCUGAGGCUCGUCGUCAGGCUGCUGAAGGCGAGGCACAACGGACUCAACAAGAACAAAGACGCGCCGACGAAGAAGCAGAACUCGCACGUCUGCAACAAGAAAAUCCUCAGGAAUUCGCGAAACGAAAGCUGGCGGAACAGGAGGCUGCUCAACAGGAGCAACUGGCGAAAGCUGAGGCAGCACGUGAGCGACGCAAGGCCGAAAAACUUCGCGAUGUGGAAGAGGAGUUGGCCAUUGCGAAGGAGCAACGCAAACUCGACAAAUUGGCUGAGAGUGGCAAUGACCCGCUAGAGUUCAAUCGUCGACGUGAAGUGCUGGCCGCGAGAGUGCGUAAAUUGGAGGACCGCAAACGUCUUCGAGAAGCUGAGGAAGCACGACGUCGCAAGCAGAAGGAGAAGAAGAAGAAAGACAAAGCCGACCGCUAGCGGAUCCUUACAGCUUGAUCACAAACUUCAACAUGAGCUAUACCAAAAUCAUCAAUGGCUCAGCCCACCCUGUCUACUGUAUUUACCUAAAACUUG